CUGCAGCCUCUCACCUUCCUCCUCCCUCUGCCCCUUUUUGCUCAUUUUUUUUCCCUAGGCACCAAGCUAUGUUUCCUGUCUAAACCUCGUUCUCGAAUUCUAGCGUCUUGUUUUCUUCCCUAUGACAAUCCCAUGCCUCUUCAAUCCAAUACCUAACCCUAAAAUUCCACUCGCUUCCCCAAAGAUUCCAUCUUUCCGCUUGUACUCCCCCUUAUUCCACUAAAAAUCUCACCUUCCCCCGCGUCAGUUCAGCCCGGAUCCCUUCUUCCUCUUCUACCCUCUUCAAUCAAAUCCUUUCGUUCUUAAAUCAACAAGAUCGGAUUUUGGCGCCUGGGUCUCGUUAGACACUCCAAAAUCCUAGUUUUUCCUCAAAAGAUCGGAUUUUGGUGUCUGGGGUGUGUUUGAUACCCCUAGUCUCUUUGUUUUUCCACAAAAAGAUCGGAUUUUGACGUUAGUUGUGUUCGAUACCCUAAGUUCCUUUGUUUUUCGUCGAAAGGAUCGGAGUUUGACGCCUGCGGUCGCGUUUGGUACUAGCAGAAUCCUUUUCCUCCAAACGAUCGAGUUUUGACGCCUUGGUAGUGUUUGAUAGCCCAAAAUCCUUCAUUUUUCCUCCAAAAGAUCGGAUCUUGGCCUUUGGGUUGCGAUCGAUGCCCUAAUUUCGUUCGUUUUUCCUCGAAAAGAUCGGAUUUUCACGCCUGUGUUAUAUACCCCAAAUUCCUUCGUACUUCCUCAAAAAGAUCGACUUUUGACGCCUUGAUCGAGACCGAACGGAAUGGAUCAGCAGGGCCAUCCCACCCCUCCAGUGAUCGGCGUCGCUGCUCCCGUUCCCUACCCCGCCGCCGCCGCCGCCGCCUCCAGCGGCCCCUACCAAGCCUAUCAGCACCUCUACCACCAGCAGCAACAGCAGCAGCAGCAGCAGCUGCAGAUAUUCUGGGCCGACCAGUACCGUGAGAUCGAGCAGACCAGCGACUUCAAGAACCACAGCCUGCCCCUAGCCCGCAUCAAGAAGAUCAUGAAGGCUGACGAGGAUGUGCGCAUGAUCGCCGCCGAGGCUCCUGUCGUCUUCGCCCGUGCCUGCGAGAUGUUCAUCCUGGAGCUCACCCACCGCUCCUGGGCCCAUGCCGAGGAGAACAAGCGCCGCACCCUCCAGAAGAAUGACAUCGCCGCGGCCAUCACCCGCACCGACGUCUUCGACUUCCUUGUCGACAUCGUGCCGAGAGACGAGGGGAAGGAGGACGUGCCCCGCCCCCUUGGGGCCCCGCCAACUGAUCCUCUCUCCUACUACUAUGUCCCCCAGUAGCUGCAUGGUGGCAAUGUGAGUCCUCCCAAGCUAUUCCUCCUAUCCUAUAUUGUGUUGUUUGCUUUGACUGAUGAUUUAGUUUUGAAUAUGGAGAGUUGGGGACUCGUCUGUUGUGAUGGUGCUGGAAGAGAAGCGAAGAAAAACUAAUUAUCAAUAUAUUUUGCUUGUCUUGUCUAUUGUGGGCUUUCUGUGGAUGGGUUUCUUUUAUUCAGAUUUAUCCCAUCUUAAUGUAUGUUUGGUGACCGAUGUAUCUUAUGCCAUCUAUCAUUGUAAGGCUUGCUGAUGCUUAGUUAUAUAUGGGUUCGACUGAGUAACAAAUUGAUAUGCAUAUACCUCUGCACAUUAUUGGAA